UUUUUGUUCGUGAAAAAAAAAGUGAUUCAUCGAAGAAAAUAAAUUUUAAUUAAAUUUACAUAGAUAUAAGUUGAAGGAAAAUACCAAAAUGCAGCCAGAACUAUAUGAAGAAGUAAAGCUAUUCAGACAUGCUAGAGAGCGAGAGAAGUACGAUAAUAUGGCUGAUUUAUUUGCACUCGUCUCAACACUCCAAAAUCUCGAGAAAGCCUACAUUAGAGAUUGUGUUACACCACAAGAAUACACAGCUGCCUGUUCAAAGCUACUUGUUCAAUAUAAAGUAGCCUUUAAGCUCAUACAAGGUGAUGAAUUUCCAACAAUUGAUGCUUUUGUUAAAAAAUAUCGUCUCGAUUGUCCUGCAGCCUUAGAGAGAAUACGCGAAGAUAGACCAAUAACAAUAAAAGACGAUAAAGGAAAUACAAGUAAAUGCAUUGCAGACAUUGUGUCACUUUUCAUUACCAUUAUGGACAAAUUGAGAUUGGGAAUUAAAGCUAUGGAUGAAUUGCAUCCUGAAUUAAGAGAUUUAGUUGAUACAAUGAGCAGACUAUCAAUUAUUCCCGAGAAUUUUGAAGGCAAGGAUAAAGUACGGACAUGGCUGGAUACACUAAACUCAAUGCAGGCUUCCGAUGAGUUAACUGACGAUCAAAUACGACAAUUUUUAUUCGAUUUAGAAUCGGCAUAUUCUGCUUUUAACAAUCUUUUACAUCACACCUAAUUCUAAAUGGAUUAUUACCAUAUAUAAUAUUUCCAUGAAUGAGGAAUGGGUACGAAGAAAUUGCGUGGAUCAUAUAAUAUUCAUACAUACUGUAUUAUGUUAAUAUUACGUUGGAGACGAUGCUCUUUCAUAAUAAUGAUAAUUAAUAAAGAGA